GCCUGGGACUGGCGCUCUCACGUCCCGUGCCCCGCUCCCCCCGCCGGCGCAGCGCUGUGGUGAAGCCGCAUUGUUUGUGCUGAGGGGGGAGGGGAGGUUCUCAGCCCGAGGACGGAGCGCCGAGCCCGCAGCCGGACUGCGACCAGCGCCGCGCCUGCCGAAUGCGCCGCGCGAGGCGCGAGCAGGAGCCCCGCACCCGCCGCCGGCAGCCCGAAGGCAGCCCGGCACCGCCAGCGCCCGCUUGGCCGCUCGGGGCUGCUGGGAGCGGCAUCGGUGGGGCCGCCCCCGCCAUUAGACCGGCCGCAGCGUCGACCCGGAGACGAGGAGCAGGAGGGUCUGUCAGCCGCGCUCCGGCGGCUCCCACAGCGUAAACAUUACCAAAUGAGGAGAAAAGGAAGAUGCCAUCGAGUAUCUGCAGCAAGGCAUUCUUCUUCCCCGUGCAGUAUUAAACACUCACCUACACGAGAAACUUUGACAUAUGCUCAAGCUCAAAGGAUGGUUGAAAUAGAAAUUGAAGGUCGCCUGCACAGGAUUAGUAUUUUUGAUCCAUUAGAGAUUAUAUUAGAAGAUGAUCUCACAGCACAAGAAAUGAGUGAAUGCAACAGCAAUAAAGAAAAUAGUGAGAGACCACCAGUUUGUCUGAGAGCUAAGCGGCAUAAAAAUAACAAAGUGAAAAAGAAAAAUGAAGCUCUUCCAAGUGCACAUGGUACACCUGCUACAACAAGUCCUCUUCCAGAACCAAAAGUACGUGUUGUUGAGUACAGUCCACCUUCUGCCCCUCGGAGACCUCCAAUUUAUUAUAAAUUCAUUGAAAAGUCAGCAGAAGAACUUGACAACGAAGUAGAGUAUGACAUGGAUGAAGAAGAUUAUGCAUGGUUAGAAAUAAUAAAUGAAAAGCGAAAAAGUGAUGGAGUAUCAGUUGUGUCACAGAAUAUGUUUGAAUUCCUUAUGGACAGGUUUGAAAAAGAGUCUUAUUGUGAGAACCAAAAACAGGGUGACCAUCAGUCUUUAAUUGACGAAGAUGCAGUAUGUUGUAUAUGCAUGGAUGGUGAAUGUCAGAACAGCAAUGUAAUCCUAUUUUGUGAUAUGUGUAAUUUAGCAGUGCAUCAGGAGUGCUAUGGGGUGCCAUAUAUACCUGAGGGUCAGUGGCUCUGCAGACGCUGUCUGCAGUCCCAUUCCCGGCCUGUAGACUGUGUGCUGUGCCCAAAUAAGGGAGGUGCCUUUAAAAAGACUGAUGAUGACCGCUGGGGACAUGUUGUGUGUGCUUUGUGGAUUCCAGAAGUUGGAUUUGCCAAUACGGUUUUUAUUGAGCCCAUUGAUGGUGUCAGAAACAUUCCCCCAGCCAGAUGGAAGUUAACAUGCUACCUCUGUAAACAGAAAGGCGUUGGUGCCUGCAUCCAGUGCCACAAAGCAAACUGUUACACAGCAUUCCAUGUGACAUGUGCUCAAAAGGCUGGUUUGUAUAUGAAAAUGGAACCUGUGAAAGAAUUAACUGGCAGUGGAACAACAUUCUCUGUAAAAAAGACUGCCUACUGUGAUGUACAUACUCCACCAGGUUGUAUACGGCGACCUCUAAAUAUUUAUGGAGAAGCUGAUAUGAAAAAUGGUGUGUGUAGAAAAGAGGGAUCAGUCAGAACUGCAAGGUCUACAUCAAAAGUCAGAAAAAAGGCAAAAAAGGCCAAGAAAUCAGUGGUUGAACACUGUACAGCUAUGCCAACAGUAUCUGCUCCUUAUAUUCCCCCUCAGAGAUUAAAUAAAAUUAUGAAUCAGGUGGCCAUUCAACGGAAGAAGCAGUUUGUUGAAAGAGUACACAGUUACUGGUUACUUAAAAGACUGUCUAGGAAUGGUGUUCCUCUGUUGAGAAGGCUGCAGUCCAGUUUACAGUCACAAAGAAACAUACAACAGAGAGAAGAUGAUGAAGAAAUGCAAGCCCUAAAGGAGAAGUUAAAGUACUGGCAAAGGCUGCGCCAUGAUCUGGAGAGAGCACGUUUGUUGAUUGAACUUAUACGUAAACGUGAAAAAUUAAAAAGAGAACAGAUCAAGGUUGAGCAGGUCGCCAUGGAGCUCCAGUUGACUCCAUUCACUGUACUGUUGCGAUCAGUUCUGGACCAGCUGCAGGAAAAGGAUUCUGCUCGAAUAUUUACUCAGCCAGUAAACCUUAAGGAGGUUCCAGAUUAUUUGGAUCAUAUAAAACAUCCCAUGGAUUUAUCUACUAUGAGAAAACGGUUAGAUUCCCAAGGCUAUAGAAACCUUAAUGAGUUUGAAGAAGAUUUUAAUCUUAUUAUAGAUAACUGUAUGAAAUACAAUGCGAAGGAUACAAUAUUCUAUAGAGCUGCAGUGCGAUUAAGAGAUCAAGGAGGUGUUGUUCUGAGACAAGCUAGGCGAGAUGCUGAGGGGAUCGGUUAUAAUAAUGAAACUGGAAUGCAUUUACCUGAACAGCCUAAACUAGAAUCACCCCAGCCUUUCUCCUGGGAAGAUGUGGAUAGGUUACUGAAUCCAGCUAACAGAGUGCAUAUGUCCUUGGAAGAACAGCUGAGAGAGUUGUUAGAAAAACUUGAUCUCACCUGUGCAAUGAAAUCCAGUGGGUCAAGGAGCAAACGAGCAAAGCUGUUAAAGAAAGAAAUCAGCAUUAUUCGCAACAAACUAAGUCAACAACACAGCCAGCCUCCCCAGAUAGAAUCAGGUAUUGGAAGUUUUGAAGAGGAAAGUGCAGCAUUAGAACAAGAAGGUGAAGAAGAAGGAGAUAAAUCUCCCCCUAAACUUGAACCAUCAGAUGCAUUACCUCUUCCUUCAAACUUGGAGACUAAUUCAGAACCACCAACCCUCAAACCAGUAGAACUCAAUCCAGAGCAGAGUAAGCUUUACAAAAGAGUAAAAUUUGAUAAUGAAUUAUAUAGCACUUCCAUUCAGAAAGAAAUAAAUGGACACACUCCAGAACACUUACUUGACAGUAAUCUCAAUGAGUCGACUGUUUCUGCUGUAGCUGAGUCAUCAACUGAUGUAAACAGACGUACAUCCAUUCUCUUCUGCAAAUCAAAAAGUAUAAGCCCCCCAAAGUCUGCAAAGAACACUGAAACCCAGCCAACUUCUCCACAGCUAGGGACCAAAACCUUUUUGUCUGUAGUCCUUCCAAGGUUGGAGACUCUUCUGCAGCCAAGGAAAAGAUCAAGAAGUGCAUGUGGAGAUUCUGAGGUUGAUGAUGAGUCCCCUGUAAAGCGCUUGGAUACAGGCCUAUCAAAUGGUUUUGGAGAUGGAAGUAAAGAGAGAGAGUUAGAUGAUGCUCCAGGAAGAAAAGUUGAACCUCGUCGCCGCUGUGCAUCCGAAUCUAGCAUAUCCUCCAGUAACAGCUUUUUAUGUAAUUCAAGUUUUAGCUUGCCAAAGUGUGGUAAAGGCAAACCAGCGCUUAUACGAAGACACACCUUGGAAGACCGAAGUGAGUUGAUAUCAUGUAUUGAAAAUGGAAACUACGCAAAAGCAGCAAGAAUUGCAGCUGGUUUUUAAAAAGCAAACUGAGAAAUUCCAUCAUGUGGCAUCAUAUUGAUAUCAUUGAUAGCGUUGUUCAUCAGCAGGAUUGGAAUCUUAAACUCCAUCACCCAGACUGCUUCCACUUGAGCUAACAGAGUAACUGAUUGCAGUAAUGGGUUGUCUUCCUUUAUGUGGACCCACACUAGAGGGGGAUGGGACACACUUUGCCAGUGGAUUUCAUAGUUAUUUGGUGACAGCAGAGAAAUGGUGAGACUCUCGGAAUCUUGGGUUGCAUUCCAGGCUCUGGAGGGCUGUAUGCUCUAGUGAACACAGACUCUUUAGCCCAUUCUCACAAACUUGAUCCCUUCUACCCCAUUUCCUCCAACCUCUCCCAGUCCUCCUCCUGUCUCCCUUCCCCACUCACAGUUCCUUUUCCCAGUCCCUUUUUCUUUGCCUACCCAGUCCCAGGCUACACUCCUUUAUCUUCUCAUCCCAGUCCCAAUCUCCUUGCUUACCCAGUCCCAGUUCCCACUCUCCUAUCUCAACUCCUUAUCCCCAUCUCCUUGCUCAGACAGUCUAAUCCCCCCCACUUCCUGGCUCCUCAUCUGAUUUAUCUCUCUCUGUCUCACCACCACACUGCCUUCCAGUCCUAGCCCUGGUCUACACUGGGGGGUUUGGGGGGGGGGGUGUCAAUCUAAGUUACGCAACUUCAGCUACGUGAAUAACGUACCUGAAGUCAAUGUACUUAGAUCAACUUACCAUGGUGUCUUCACCGCAGUGAGUCGACUGCUACCGCUCCCCCGGUGACCUGCCUGCUCCUCUCACAGCGCUGAAGUACAGGAGUCGACGGGAGAGCGCUUGGGGGUUGAUUUAUCGCAUCUAGACUAGACACGAUAAAUCAAUCCCUGCUGGAUCAAUCGCUGCCCACCGAUCCGACGGGUAAUGAAAACAUAUCCCUAGUCUUCCUCCCCAGGUUUCUCAUCCAGUCUCAGUCUUCCCCACUUGGCUCCUUGUCCUUGCCUUCCAACACCCACCCUCAGAUUCCUAGACCCAGUCCUUCCCCAUCCAUUCCUCCCAAUUCAGCUUUUUGGCUCCUCUGCAUUCGAAUCAUUCAGCUUCCUCUGCGCUGCCUGCGUGCCACGGGAAGUCACUGAAAGCACGGGAGAGUCAGGUCUCCACUAAGAACUGAGAGAGGUUCAAGCAUGCUUAGUGAGUACUGACUCUAAGGAGAUUUUUAGCUGCUUAAAUUAAAGUCCCUACUGAGCAUGGGCAAACUGUGGGUUUUUUCCACAGAGGUUUGUAACUUGGCUAAAUGUGGGUGGAUUUUCACUGGGACAGCAAAAGGCACAUUCCUGACAUCAAGGCCACUUCCUGUCAAAUUUAGAGUCCUUGUGCCACAGUAAUAGAGCUUUUCAAAGACAAGGUCACCAAGAAUAUUUUAACAUAAGCAAAACUAUGUAUUUUUCCCUAGCCUUUGUCUCAGAAAUGGCUAAACCAUUUUAACUGAAACUUUCAAAAAAAAAUUCAGCCUGAGGAAGAUAUGCGGCAUGUAGAAUUUCAGCCUAGUCGCUUAAAACACAGUGGCAGUCCAAGAAAAAACAACAAAAAAACAAAAACCAACAAUGUUAAGAACCAUUAGGAAAGGGAUAGAUCAUGAGACAGAAAAUAUAAUACCUCUAUAUAAAUCCAUGGUAUGCCCACAUGUUGAAUACUGCAUGUGGAUCUGGUCGUCCCAUCUCAAAAAAGUUGUUUUGGAAUUGGGAAAGGUACAGAGAAGGGCAACAAAAAUGAUUAGGGGUAUGGAGAGAUUAAAAAGAGUGAGACUUUUCAGGUUGGAAAAGAGACGAGUAAGGCAUAUGAUAGUGGUCUAUUAAAAUCUUGACUGUUAUGGAGAAGUGAUUAAGGAAAUGCUGUUUACUCCUUCAAAUAACACAAGAACUAGGGGUCACCCAAUGAAAUUAAUAUGCAGCAGAUGUAAAACAAAAGGAGGUAAUACUUCACACAACAUAGUCAACUGUGGAACUCUUUGCCAGGGAAUGUUGUGAAGGCCAAAACUAUAACAGGGUUCAAAAAGAAAAUAGAUAAAUUCAUGGAGGAUAAGUCCAUGAAUGGCUAUUAGCCAGGAUGGUUAGGGAUCCAACACCGUGUAAGUGUCCCUAGCCUGUUUGCCAGAAGCUGGGAGUGGAUGGCGGGAUGGGAUCACUUGAUGAUUACCUGUUCUGCUCAUUCCCACUGAAUCACCUGGCAUUGGCCACUGUCGGAAGACAGGAUACUGGGCUAGAUGGACAAUUGGUCUGACCCAGUAUGGCUGUUCUUAUGUUCUUAAGUUUGGCAAAGUUAUAAUGAACUGAAAAUAGGGUCUAAUAAUGGGAUGUGUCGAGUAACCUUAAUAAUCAGUGGUGCCACCAGCUCCACCUAGAACAUGCAAAUGGUUUGUGACUAUAUAGUAUGUUAUAUUUUAAAAUUAACCUCCAAAUUCAUUAUUAAUGAGUUGGUUUAAACUUUACAAAACUUGAAUUCCUCAUUUAGGACUGUGCAGAUACCAAGUUUGAAGUUAUAAAUCAAAGCUGGUAUCUGUCUCAACCAUAGCUGUAGGACCCUUCAGACUCUCCCUGUUUUUUUUUUCAGUUCACAGGAGUAUUUUUAUUUACAUCUUUUGACAACAGAUUUCAGAUUUUCUAGCAGUGUAAGCUGCCAUGACUAUUAGCACAACAGGAAUAAAUGCAGUUCCUCUUCUAGACUGGGGUAAUCAGAAUUUUUUCUUGUGGUAAGAGAAAAUUACUGACUGUGCAUUUUUGUAUAGCAUCCCCGUCACCAAAGUAGGUAAGUGCUUAUUAAAGGAAGUGUUAUCCAUGAGAUUUCACUGUUGGUCACGUCUUGAGAAUUCUCUCUGUGGGAGACUUGCCACAUUCCACAUGCAUGCAACAAAAGCAUAUACACCUUCUUAGCUUUAAAUCAUUUCCUUUUCUUUUAUGUUGACUUUGCAGCUGAGAGAAAUGUAAGUUUCUUUAUUGUUUACCUUGUGUUAGCUUAUUCUAAAUAAAGAUCCUGUACUGUUCUUCACAUAAGUUUAAAUACAUCUAGUUCCUGUAUCUGUAGUAUUUUGGAUCCUAAUGAAGCUCAAGAUGGAAUUAAGAGAUCAGAGCAAUAGAGAAUGUACCUAAACCAGUUUAUUUGUCAAUCAUGCUGAAAAUGAUUGUUGACAAUGUUGUUAGAUUUGAGAUCUUGCCAAAAUUCUUCACUUGGAAUUAGCACAGCUCUUUCCGUAAUAUUCUUGAAUAUCUUCUUUCCUUAACCAAGCUCUUAAAAGGGUAGUUUGAUAUCAUCAGAACCUUAAGAUGUAAGUCUGUCCUUAUUGUUCCCUUGUCACUUAUGUAUUGAAGAAUAUUGUAUGGUUUUGAUAAAGGAAGUGUUAGAUUGUAUAAAAUUUUCUUAAUACUUCUUUUUCUCAUGUCUCAAAAAAAUCUACAGAAGUUACAUAUGAAGAAAAUAAAUGAGAAGAUUUUUUAUUUUCCCCGAAGGCUGAACAGUUUAGUAUUAAAAAGUAGAAUUGUGCCAUCAAGAAUAAAUCAGUAUAAUGCAAUCCUCUUGAUCAAAGGCCUGAACCAAAGCCCUUUUGAAGUCAGUGGUGAGACUCCCAUUGACUUCAGUGGGCUUUGGAUCAGGCCUUUAAAACUGCUGGGAAAACUGUCUUGGGUUCUGCUUUUUUUGCUUACAUUGAUACUGUAAUAAAUCAUAUUUCACAGUUGUGCUCUUUGUGCUUUAAAACUUCUGACAUCUUGGCCAUGAUGUGGUGAUGAGUAGAUGACAGGGAGAUUUUUAUCAGUAGAGUCAGUGUUUACAAAUUUGAGUGCCAAAAGUUAGUUCCAAAAAAUCAGGCCACUUAUUUGAGUAAGUACUGAGUGUCCACACCUCUGAAAAUGAAAUAUAAUGGAUUUAGAUGCCCACGUUUGAAAAUUUUGUUCAAGAAAACUAUUACAACUUUUCUGUGCUAAAGUAUAUAUUAUUCUCUGACUUUCUACAGCAUCUCCUGAGUACUUCUAGUACUCGGAAAAUAAACCACAAUCCUUAGGAAUUUUACAACAACCUUUUUGAUCUGUACUGGGUGGGAAACAUGUUCUUGUUGUUGUUUUCACUAGAAGCAUUACCCAUUUCAAAUCCGAAGAAUGUAUUUUUCCUUCACAUGUAAAAAAAAUUCUUCUAUUCAGUAUGGCCCUAUUACCUGAAAAUUGAAAAUGACUGUAAUUUCUCAUAAUUUUUUUUGGUGCUCUUGCCAGAGUUUCAUCUGCUACAACCAUCAGGGUCUCAACCAUCCCUGGAGCUCUGAGCCUCUUAAUUUCCUUCUAGUAUUCUGAGCCCCAUCCUACUUCCCCACAAAAGAGAUAUGUGGGUCCCUCGCUCCCCAUUCUCUGUUCCCACCCUCAUCCCUGUAGAUCUUUAUGGGCCACAUCUUCUCUCUGAUCUGUGACUGCCUUGUGUCCUGCAGUCAGUUUGUGUUUUCCUUCCUUCCAGUGGUGGUUACCAAGGAGGAGAAGGGGAACUGAGAGAACAGAUGGAGGUAGCUUUAUUCAGCCUCAGAGGCUUACUGUGCUGCCUUCUGUGGAGAAAUAAGCACUGCAGCAACUUUAUACUGUCCUGUAACAUGUUCCGGGCUUUGGUAGUAGAGAAAGGAGUUUUGACAGCUGCCCCAGGGAAAGGCGAGACAGAAGGGAUCAAUGGAGGAUGAAAAAAGCUGAGGAGAAGAAGAGCGGAGAGGAUCUACUCCUGAGUUUGCUCUCUUGCAAAUCAAAAGGCUGGUAUGCCAUGUAAAUGGCAGAACAGUGGUCCUAAAUUAUCAAAUCUCAACCAUGCUUCUCAGUGUUCCAACGGGUUAAUUUAUACCUGAGAUUUGAAGAUCCAAAGUUGUAAAUCACAAUAGCCACUAACUUGUUGGGUGACACUGGGCAAGUAGAUUUUGAGAAGUAACUAGUGAUUUUGGGUGCCCAAUUUAAGACAAGCUAAAGAUGUCUGAUUAUCAGAACGUGCUGAGCACCCACCUUCUGAAAACAUAGCCCUUUAAGACAGUGAGGCACCUAUAAGCUAGUCACCUGUGAAAAUCUUGGCCUUUAUCCUUCUGCGUUUUAGUUAAUCCAUCUGUAACAUACUAGCAUACCUCACAGAAAUGUUGUGGGUCUUAUGAUUUAAUGUACUUUGAUAUCCUGAGAUGAAAGAUGCUGUGUGGGUGCAGAGUAUUAACAAUAAUAAUUAUGGUGAGAUAGGGGCUGAUAAAAUGGCCCAUAGUGAAGAGUUGCAGAGGGGUAACCCAAGCUCUGAAUCUUUACACUACUAAUAUUUAAUUAUGGUUUU